UAAAAGCCGCUCUCAAGCAAGCGAAAAAGUUACUGGGCGAAAACCAUAGUGAGGAUGCCUUGAAAGUGCUGCAGGAGUUUCUUGAUGAUGGCGUUGAAGACUACAUGAUGUUCUGCUUUGCCGCGUUAGCUUACGCCAACAUGGAUGAUAAAACCAAGGCUAAGGAUCUUUACGAAAAGGCUAUCAAACUUGAUGGAAAAAUGCCUAUCGCAUGGCAAGGAUUGUUUAAAUUGUAUGAUUCCGGGAAGCUGACCGCCAAUGAGCGUGCUAUCGAAGUGGCCACUCAUCUAAUCUCAGUA